AUGCCGUGGGCGACAUCCGAGGACACACCCAACACCCUCACUCGGCCUCUUGGUCCCAAUGAGGUGUUUAUCAAAUUAGUCAGUGAUCCUGGCCAUUCCCUCGGCCGUGAACACUGGGCGGUCAAUUAUACGGCCACUAUCAAUCCUCGCGGAGCAUUCGCAGCCUUGUCUGGAUCAUCCGACCUUCUACUAGACCUCAUCCGCUACAGUUGGUCGCAUCUGCGCUUCCAGCACCCCAGUCUGGCCGCCCACCCGGAUACCACCAACUCGAAUGUCGUCUAUACUAUCCCCACAUCGGCAGAUGCUCUGCGAGAAUGGGUCUCUCAGACCUUCAUCGUUGUCGCUGACGCGAUAUCCACGGACGAGGUCAUCUCUACCAUUGCACCGGCUCCCGACGCCCGACUGUACUUUAUACCGAAAUCGAGUGAGCUUCUCUUGCACACGGCACACUGGCGCAUGGACGGAGUCGGUGGUCUUCUUCUCCUAGGCCAGCUCGUUGAUCUGAUGGCUUCGCAUGCCGACACCCUCCUCUCUGGAGAGCUCCCAGACCCGUCCGACUGGUUCGACUGGGGGUCGGAGGUCGAGCGACUGGCACUCCCAGUCGAGGAAGCCGGAAACAUGCCCCUUGUCGCAACCGAGGAGCAAAAGGCCGUCGCGCACGGGGCAGUCGGCACCUUCACACUGGCAGCGGGAGCGAUCGGAAUCCCAUACUCCGGUGAUGCCUCAACCGUUCCCUCCGGCACGCAGGCCGUCGAGCUGACGUUCUCGCCCGCUACCACAUCCGCCGCCGUCGCCGCUGCUAAGGCUCGUGGCGUGGGCAUCACAGCCGCCGUGCAUGCUAGCCUCGCCGCCGUCAACUUCCAGCACGCGAUACCGGAGCAUCAGGGCCGCCAUUAUACCAGCACUAUCAAACACUCACUGCGUCCGUAUCUGCCCGAACCAUAUUCGACCCCGGCAGCCGCCUCUGGCCUCUAUACCUCCGGUUGGUUGGCUCGCGUCGACGCCUCCGGCACCUGGGAUGAGAAUGCGCGCAUGUACCAAGCAGAGUACCAGAAGGGCAUCAGCACCGAAUACCUCCAGGCGCACCGGGAAUACGCGUCCACUCUGGUCGAGGUGAUCAAGAGCCUACCUCCACCGGCAGAGCCCCCAAGUGACGUCGACAUCAGCAGCCUAGGAGUUAUGGAGAAAUAUCUGAAGCGGGAGUAUGGAGACGCGGAGCGCGGGAUCGAUAUCACCCAUGUUGGUGUUGGCGUUGAGAUGCUUUCGCGCCAGGGAGUGGUCUUCGUGUGGACAUUCAGGGAUCAGUUGACGUUGCGGCUCGUGUAUAACGAGGCUUUCCAUACAGAGGAAGAAAUGACGGAAUUUGUACACGAUCUGAAGGCGGAUUUAUUGAAUCGGUUGGAAGUAACGGAGUAG